AUGUUCUUUACACUUGUCUUUCUUUCGACUCAAAAUUAUUUUCUUACAAAACAAUUUCUUUUCAUUGUUUUGUUGACUGCCGUUAGCAUUUCUCUUUCUUCCUUUCUUUCUUUCUUCUUUCUUUUUUCUUCUUUCUUUUUUCUUCCUUUAUUUUCCUUUGAUGUUGACUGCAAUUCACUUUCCUUUCUUUCUUUCUUUCUUUCUUUCUUUCUUUCUUUCUUUCUUGCUAGCUUGCUUGCUUUCUUGCUUGCUUUUUUCUUUCUUUCUGUCUUUCUUUUCAAAAUUGUUUUCCUUUCAUUUGGACUCCGUUCUUUCUUUCUUUCUUUCUUUCUUUCUUUCUUUCUUUCUUUCUUUCUAAACUUAUAUUCCUUCGCAUUUCUCUUUCUUCCUUUCUUUCUUUCUUUCUUUCUUCUUUCUUUCUUCCUUUAUUUUCCUUUCAUGUUGACUGCAAUUCACUUUCCUUUCUUUCUUUCUUUCUUUCUUUCUUUCUUUCUUGCUUGCUUUUUUCUUUCUUUCUGUCUUUCUUUUCAAAUUUGUUUUCCUUUCAUUUGGACUCCGUUCACUUUCUUUCUUUCUUUCUUUCUCUCUUUCUUUCUUUCUUUCUUUCUUUCUUAA